AGGGCUUACCAAACUCCAAUUUCCAAAGCUAAGCGAGGAGGGUAUAAGGAUACUCCAGCUGAUGAUUUACUUGCAGUUGUUUUAAAGGCCAUGAUAGAGAAAACAAAUCUGGACCCAAGUGAAGUUGGGGAUAUAGUUGUUGGUACUGUUUUGCCACCUGGUUCACAAAGAGCAACAGAGUGCAGAAUGGCAGGAAUCUAUGCUGGUUUUCCUGGUUCUUAAAAGCUUGAGAAAUUGGUCUACCUGUGUUGUCUUCUUAUGAAAAUGGGAUCAAUGGCAGAUGAAUUGGAUCCAUGUUGAACAAUUGGAUCCAUGUUGAACAAUCAUUGGUGAACACAGGAAAGGAAAGGGCAAAAGUCAGCCUUCUUUUUACAUGGGCGGAAGGCAAUGUUGCCAACCAGAGGGAACAUCUAAUUCUUCUCCUUGCCAAUAUUCACAUUCAGAAAGUUAAUAAGCAGUCUGUCUUGAAGAGUUAUACACAGUAUAUCCCUUUGCCAAUCAGUGACCUUGAUUCUUGGUUGAAGACACCCUCCAUAUAUGUUUUUGAUUGCUCUGCGGCUGGGGGAACAUUCUCCUCUGGAUCCACAAGGGAUUGCAUUCUACUUGGAGCUUGUGAAACACAUGAUACUCUUCCACAAAGUGCUGAAUUUCCUGCAGAUGUGUUUACGUCUUGUCUCACAACACCUAUUAAGAUGGCUUUGAGAUGGUGA